GGAGUCGUACAAAAGGACGAUCACCACGGGAAGCACUGGUACUACAGCAAACUUCUCACCCGGAUGAAGGUGGAGCUCACCGUGUUGGGAUUCAUCGCGAUGCUGAUCUGGUGUCUGCGGCAGAUUGGGGUCUUCGGGUACGAGUCGCCGCACGACUAUUCGCUCGGCUGGUUCCAUCUCUUCCCGGAUAACGGUAAAACGUUUUACCAUGGAUAAAGCAUAUCAUGAUGCUCGUCUGAUUUCAACUAAAUCUUUGCUACUUGUUGCGCUAGCUACGGCAUGAGAGACUCCGAUCUUCUACAAGGAAAAGAGAGCAAAAGUCCUUCUGAGAGUAAAAAUGCGCCAACACCGUCAGGCACCGACAUGCUCCACAUGGUCGAAGACGUUCACAUGCAGAUGUUUUUGGCCAUGAUUUUCUACUUUCUGAUGGUUUUCUACCUGGUGCGAAGGACCCUGAUCGACAUCCUGCAGACCUUCGAGAAUGCGGAACUCCACAUGCUCAUGAUCAACAACGCGAACAGUGUGGAGGAGGAAGAUUUGGAACACCACACCUCAAGAACGCAUGCGCAAAUUGUGACGUGCGAAGCAGAAGGCAUAGACCCCGGUUCGGCGCGCCCGAAAGAACAAAUGACAACAACGCGGAAAAACUACGAACAGGGCAUGGGUGAUCCUGUAGUAGCCUCCGAGAACCAAACAGAGCAACGUCAACCAGCUGGCGACACGAGGACCACUUCACCUACUUACGAAGCUGAUCAGAAAAAAGCCACGACGUCGAUGAUCCCGGAGCAGCUACCCUCUUUUGGUUGUACUGUUGGUGGCGAAAGUUCAAGCUUUGUGGAGCGAACCCAAAAGAGCAGCGGGUCGAGUUGUCAGAAAUCCAGCCGGGAAGCCAGUGGCGAUCAUCUGCCGCUGUACCGAGAAAGAAGCGGGGAGUCGUCGAAUUGCACCACUAGCACGGCAACGAGAAAUUGCACCGUCGCCGAUUCUCUUGAUCAGCUUGCCUCCACCACCGGGGAUCUUUGUUACGCCGAAAGCUCCAGUUUUUCCGCAGCCUCCGGCAUAGUCGUGGGAGGCGGCUUUACGACAACGAGCAGUACCAGUGCGGUAUUAGCUGGCAGCAACCAGAAUGGGGUUUCCAACAUGCUCCCAACGAGCGCAUCCGCACUCUCCUCUCGCCGCCCCUCCCUGAACAAGCGCCGGCCGUCGCAGCGGCCCUGGGAGAUCCAGAACGUGCACUCCGCACUGUGGCUGCACGACACUAGUGGCACAACAACGUCGAAGACAGCUGGAGGUCCUGCCCUCGUUGGCGAUCCCACGGUGGCGUUUUACCUGAAGUGCAAGCGGUACAUUCUGCACUACACGGAAACCAUCUACGGGAUCCGGGUUCUGACCCCGGAAAACGUGUACCUCGAAAAGUAUUUUCAGCGGGUGAUCCACGAGAUGAUCACGCAACUCGUCGAGUUCGGGUUCCGCUGCUGGGUGCUGGUCCUGCACGGCGCGGUCAUCUUUUUGGUGCUGUGCCAGUUUGUCUCCCGCUGGUACCUCAUCAGCUCGGCGUUCUUCCUCCUGAUCACUCUCCUAGCCUACCUGCACUACGCGGUCGCCAAACCGGGCCGCAAGCGGAUCGAGCAGUUCGACUGCACGCAGGCGGACGACAAGUGCCGCUACUUGCGGAAAAUGCGCACGCGCAGCUGCACGUCGCACACACUCAUGACCAAUUCGAACACAGGACUUGCAGGUUUGCUCGGUGGAACAACGAGUACCGGCCUGGGAGGAGGUGGUACUCCCAGUGGUGCACGGUAUCUAAUCGGCUUUGUAGCACGUGCGGUGUCCGCACCGGUGCGCAUGCUGAGGAGCAUUCAUUCGGGACCACGAGAUGAUGAACAAAACGGUACUUCCUUUGAGGUGGAUUCUUCAUCCUUUGCAAAAAACGCAAGAAAUGGACGAGGUGCAGCAGCGGCGGCGGACAACGACCGAAAGCGCUUACUCCCGUUCUCCGCCGCGACAGUAAAAACAGAAAGCACGACGAAAAGCAGCACCAUGUCCACCGCCGGAGCUACGAGCAUGACGUCUUCAAAAGCUAACGGCAACCGGUCCUCCCGACUGUCCUCUACAACAACGAAGUCCCCAAAGAGCAGUGGCAGCAGUAAGCGGCCGUGGCUGCGGUACAUGGUGACCAGCGCAACUACCAGCACCGCUCCGCAAAACGCGCUUCUCACCGGUGGUAAUGAGAAUUACGGCAACAGCUACUGCUUCAGUUGGGUGCGGAAAGUAUGUUCCUCCUUCCAGUACAAAGUGAAGCACAUCCACAGCCAGUACAGCACCGAAGUGGUUGCUGUCCGCGUCAUCCAGGCGCUGGCGUUCUUCAUCUGCUACGCCUGCACCCGGUCCCUGUGCUCCCGCCGGCUCUGGACGAAAGAAGCCGAAAUGCAACUGCUGCACGGGGAGGGGGACCUGCCGACGUACAUCGGGCUGCUCUUCUGCACCCUAGGGCUGCUGUUCGGGGUGCUGCCCAGAAUCGUGCCACAGGCGUAUCUGAUCAUGGCCCUGCCGCCGUAUUUCGACAAGGAGAACCAGCACGUUUUCACCAACGUGCUCGAAGACUACCCCUACGGCUUCGGAGGGGACUUCUUCUUGAAAAAUCCGACCCACCCGUCGGUUUCCCACCGCUUCCAGAAAACCUCGUGGGGCGGGGUCAUCUCCGCGACGGGCCGGCACCCAAAUUUGGUGUACCGAAAGCAGCAUCGGAGUAAACGGAGUCGGGGCGGUAGGAAGAAAGGUAGUUCCGCAUCUUCGGGGAAGGACAAAAAUAAACGCAAAAGCUCUCAUGAAGACGAUGGUGCAUUACAAAACAACGAUCACGACAACUUCCAGCCACCUCCUUCGGCGGGCGCUGCGGCGUCACAACGGGAGUUCAAAACUUCCACGUCCUUCGACGCGCUAGGUCUAGGCCGUGGCGAAGUGCCGCUUUCCACGUUCAAUGUCCCAGUCGCGUCCAGCUGCACUGGCGCGAGUGAUUCCGCAAAAGAAAAAGCAACACUAUGGGGAGAAACAUUGUCAAACGGAAAGCAAGGGGAAGCCGCACCACAUAACAUCGACAGUUCUGAAUCACGCGCCAGCUACUUGUUCACACGCACAAAAGGCCGCUCCCGCGAGGAGGAAAAUGCUUCGCAACUGUGUGCGGCAAGAAUGAACCCGGGCGAUAAAAGUAGGUUGUCGGAACCAGGAACGGCUUCUGCUGCAGGAUCAAAAUCAAGUUUUUUGAUCCCCGGAAUACUGUACCAAGUGGCGAAACGGUUCGGCAGGGUGGGAAGUAGAUUUUCCUCCACCAAAGUCCACCAACUGGAGGAUGAUGAGCAAUUAGAGGCCCCCGGCUUGAGGGGGCGACAACUACAACAAGAUGGAUUUGUUAGUCACGACCAAGAAACGAACCGAAAUCAAGAAGAGGAACACAGCGCGGACCUUUACUAUCGACACCAGCAAGGCGCCGGGCUACAUUCUAGCCAACAACGCGAUCAUUAUCCCGAGGAUCCGUUCGACGUCGUCCACAGGUCUUCUUCUAGCGAUCAUACUAUGGGCAUGAAUCAUAAAAAACACAGCACCACGACUCCCGGCCACAUUGCUGCUCCCCGACACAACAGCGAGUCUGCGAUGACGUUUUCCGUGUUUGGGGAUGACACGGAAGCGGAGAGUGUUUUCGCGCCCGCUGCGGCCUCAAGGAAGAUCAUGGAGGAGCUGGCCAAGCUGGAGAGGAUAAACAAAAGUCAGAAAGCAGAGGCUAUGUUGUCGGCUGAGGAUGGACUGAUGACGCGGGAGAAUUCCGGGAGUGAACAUAGGGAAUUGUUGUCUCUGGCGGAUGAUCACCAGAAUUAUCAGCGUGCCGAGUUGUUCCCGCUUGAAGACCACCAACUGUCCGACAAGAACGUCGACCAAGCAGCUGCUACUUUUACAGCUUCUGCCGCAGUCCAGCAUCAACAUUUUCCCUACCGGAGAAGUAGCAGUCUGCAGCCCUUUCCCAUGAUGCCGGCCGUGCAAGAGGAAAUAAUGGAACAAACGACGAGAGAGGGUGGAAAUAGUUUGCCGUCAACAUCCUCUGUUCCCUCAAACGAAAGAAGAAAUCAUGAUGCGCUUUUUACAACAACCGAUGUUCUUUUCUCACCUGCUCCCCCAAAGAAAGUGCCCGAAGGCGCUGAGUUCGAAGUGCUCGAGACGGAUCCGACUGGGAUGCAGAUAGACGAGGAAACCGAAACGACCCUCGGUGCAGUUCGUAAUCGCGAUGUUGAAGCCGGAGGCUCGGGGAAGAUCCUCACCCGCAAGUUCUUUAGCACCGACCUGCACGACAUCGCAAACAAGGCGGCGGGUGUGGACAUUUUACCACCCCCCAGCAAACCAGAAAAAAACCUCACGACCCACCAGGCCUCGCGGAAAAGCAGUCACGCGUCAACGGACACGCGGCCGACCAUUCGCGCCGACUGGUCCCGGUCUUCCUCGUCCUUGCGCGAAAACAAUGAUAGCGUGCCGAACAGCAACUACCACAGCGGCUCCUGCUCGAGCGAGUCUCUAGGAGCGAGUUGCGGCGAAGGAGCUUCUACGGUCAGUAGCGCUGAAGGUUGUCCGAGCGAUUGUCAAAAUGGAAACGGUUCAGGUCGUUUGGAGGAACAACGAAAUGGCAAUGAGAAUGAGUUCAACACAGCAAUAAACGCGUAUCCUUCUUUUCCACAAGAACGAGCAAACCAGACGCACGCUGUUUCAUCUGGUGAAAGAGGGCGAGAAAUUAUACGAGAAAACGAAACUUUUUUUGUGCGCAGUAGAAAUAACGCUGGUGCUGUGAAGAAAAGUGGUUCCCCGUCUGGACGACAAACUACGACGAUUUCCGCUGGUGUUGAUGUUGACAGCUGCAAGACAGUACAGCAGGGUCAUUCUUCAUCCGGACGACAUCAAAACGCAAACAACACGAUCAUGCCCCUACUUCCGGGCGCGCUCGAGGAAGCCAGCGUCGACGGUACUAGCGACCAAGAAAAUAUUAACGACGUGGAGUCGUCCGUAGUGUUGGUUCAUCCGGAGGGGACCUCUAGCACGCGUGGAAUAAAGAAGAAACCCAAAGACCACGCUUUCUACGGAAGAACAAAGAAUAGCCCCUGUAAAACCCCCAACGACGACGACACAGCGUCGAGCGUGAGCAUUUCCGGUUCAACUCUUCUCCCAGGUGGGGGUCCUCCGUCGGCGAGUGUGGAUCAGGAUCGAGACGAGCUAUUGUUUCCUUCCGCCUCCGAUACAGAAAGAACUACAGAGGGCGUUGUAGUUGACCCGCCCUCUGUGGACGUGCACGCGUCCUCUGGUAAGGACCACAGCACGACCAGUGUGCUGGGACGAACAAGUUGUACUAGAACGAGGGAUGAAGAACAAGAGGAGUCUACGUCACUGCAGUUAGCCAAUGUCAGUCCAUUGUCUUCCGUGAACUCUUCUCUAGAUCACCUAGCCAUCAAUUCUGGCACCAGCACCGCCCGCCGCGUCUGCUUUACGCGGGAGAACAGCCUGGAAUCUUGCGCCCCGGCCUUCAAUCUGGCACAGAAUAUCAACGCCAAACUGAAUUUGAUUUCUGAAGAAGGGUCUUGAAGAUAGCGCAUCUGGUUGGUUGGAAAAAUAGAAGCAUUAAACGCUCUUUCUGUAUCUGUAUGCAGGAAAAGAAUAAAUUUUAGCUUGUACAAAGAGAAUUUAUGAAGUUCUGUUUUGAAAAAAAAAACCGAGUCUUGCAUGAAUUGACAUUGUACAAAGACAUAUCGCAGCAGAUGACAACAGAAAGACAUUAUAGAAAUUAUCCAAGAAGUGUCUGUGAUUUUAGUUACUUGUUGCACAACUUUUUACCACUAGUCAUUCCAUUGUGUACAGAGCGCGCAGGCUUGCUUACACUCGAAACUUAAUUUAUAAACAAGUCGACUUUUGAUUACGUAUUCAAAAAGCAGAUGAAGCGCUACUUCUUCCAGCACCGCCCACCCACCUACUUUUCGAAAAUUUUUCUUUUUGUUUUUCCUCUAUUUUUGCCCUUUUCCACAACAUCUUGCAGAAAGACUCGCAGUAGUAUUAUCAUCAAGGCCUCGGGAGAACAAGUUUUUUUGAAAUAUCCUUUACUUCCUCUUGAUACUGCGAUUGCCAACUCCAUCUACUGCUGCGCUGGAGCAAUAAAGCAGGAUCUUCGCCCCGGAGGAUACACCCAUAGGCAGCACGCAGCCUGAUAUGAAGGUACUACUCGUUUGAUGCUGUAGUUUGAGAGAAUCGUUUUUGAUUCCCCGCAAGCGUAUUUUUCAUUGCCGCUCGCCUGCUCGCAAAAACCCUUCUAUCCAGAGUCGGUGCACCGGAAACCGCUUCUUACGCACCAGACGCCACAUUUUUUAUUAUGGCUUUGCGAUGUGUUUGACUUAAACUAAAACUUGUUUGCAGUUUGUUGUAUGUAUCCAGAAGGAAUGUUAGUCUCGUCGUUGUACAGUCCAAAAACCACAAUCUUGAAUACUUUUACUUUUGCGCGUCACGAACACGAAAGAAAAACAUUUGGAAUUGAUUCAGCACAAUAACUUUCUUGGGGUAUAAAUAUCACUAGACAUUGAUCGACUUUAUGCAUUGUAGGCUGUCAGGCCUUGACAAAAACACGCCAUGACCGAGGGAUUUGUCAACUUCAACAUCAUGAAACAU